GAGAACGAAGGGGACAACGGCACAACUGGACCCGGAGACAGCGAGGGGGACGACAGGAUCAGCCGCAGUGGAAGCGACAUCGACAGUGACAAGGACAGAGAAUGAGCAGAGAAUAAUUCAUCCUACUGUAACUGGUGGCUGCCAGGCACUGAACAUUUCUGCUUGGGAUGGCGGAGGAUCAGGAGCUUACUCAGCCAGGAAAGAUUCACCUCAAGCCCUCACUUCAGCAGCGUACCAGCAACAUCUAUCGCAGUGCAGAGCACUCUCAGGCCUUGCUCAGUGGCCUGGUAACUCUCCGAGAUCGUGGCAUCCUCUUCGAUGUAGUCCUGGUAGUGGAGGAGAAACCUAUUGAAGCUCAUCGUAUACUUCUAGCUGCAUCUUGUGACUAUUUCAGAGGAAUGUUUGCUGGAGGCCUCAGAGAGAUGGAACAGGGAGAGGUUCGUAUUCAUGGAGUCUCGUACAAUGCAAUGUGUAAAAUCCUGAAUUUUAUAUACACAUCUGAGCUGGAACUUAGCCUGAGCAACGUGCAAGAAAUAUUAUCUGCAGCCUGCCAACUUCAGAUUCCAGAAGUUGUUAAGUUCAGUUGUGAUUUCCUCAUGCCAUGGGUAGAUGAGGAGAACAUCCUGGAUAUGUACAAAUUAGCUGAUCUAUUUGACUUGAGACAUUUGAGUGAACAGCUGGACUCCUACAUUCUGAAGAACUUUGUGACCUUCUCAAAGACAGAAACAUACCGACAGCUAUCCCUGGAAAAGGUCUACACCCUUCUCAGCAGCAACUGUUUGGAGGUCAGCUGUGAGAAUGAGGUUUAUGAAGGGGCACUUCUUUAUCAUUACACUCCAGAGCAGUUGGAGACAGAUCAGGUCUCACUAAUGGAGCCUCCAAAGCUAUUGGAGACAGUCCGCUUCCCCCUGAUGGAGCUCCAGAUCCUGCAGAGGCUCCACGACAAGUUAAGCGCAUGUCCAUUAAAGGAUACAGUAGCCAAUGCACUAAUGUACCAUAAAAAUGAAUGUCUUCAACCCGUGCUUCAGAGCUCACACACGCAGCUGCGGUCCGAGUUCCACUGUGUAGUGGGCUUUGGAGGGAUGCAUUCUACUCCCUCAACAGUCCUUAGUGACCAGGCCAAGUACCUGAACCCUUUGUUGGGAGAGUGGAAGCACUUUUCUGCUGCAUUAGCCCCCAGGAUGUCCAACCAAGGGAUUGCUGUUCUCAACAACUUUGUAUAUUUAAUUGGAGGAGAUAAUAAUGUACGAGGUUUUCGAGCAGAGUCCAGGUGCUGGAGAUAUGACCCACGACACAACAAAUGGUUCCAGAUCCAGUCUCUGCAGCAAGAGCAUGCUGACCUCUGUGUCUGUGUUGUGGAUGAAUACAUAUAUGCUGUCGCAGGACGGGACUAUCAUGAUGAUCUGAGAGAGGUGGAGAGGUACGAUCCUAAAACCAACACCUGGGAAUAUGUGGCACCUCUGAGAAAGAAGGUGUAUGCACAUGCUGGAGCAACAUUGGAUGGGAAAAUGUACAUUACCUGUGGAAGAAGAGCAGAGGAUUACUUGAAGGAGCUGCAUCGUUAUGAUCCAGAGGCUGACCGCUGGGACACCUUAGCAGAUGGUCCAGCAAGACGGGCCUGGCAUGGGAUGGCUGCACUUCUGGGAAAGUUGUAUGUAAUUGGAGGCAGCAACAAUGAUUCUGGCUAUAGGAGAGAUGUUCACGAGGUAGCCUGCUACAGUCCCUGCACUGAUCAGUGGGCAAACGUACGCCGUCUCCCUGCAGGACAUGGAGAACCAGGAAUUGCCAUCUUAGACAACAGAAUCUAUGUCUUGGGGGGCAGGUCCCACAAUCGAGGGAUUCGAAUGGACUAUGUCCAUAUUUAUGAUGCAGAGAGAGACUGCUGGGAAGAAGGUCCUCAGCUGGAGGAGGAUAUUUCUGGAAUGGCGGCCUGCGUCCUCACUCUGCCUAGAGCUAUUCUAAUGGAUGCAGAAAAGUCGACCCCAGAAUGGUAUGCAGACAGGCUACAACAUCAUCCAGACUUUGCUUCUGAAGUUAUGAGUGUGUCUGACUGGGAGGAAUUUGACAAUUCAAGUGAAGAUUAAGGAACUUGAACAUUUUUGCAGGGAGGCAAGAAAAAUAAAAUUUAGGGGAAAUGUGUAGAAACUUUUUUAUAUCUUUCAUAUGACACACAUUCAGUCAGUGUUAAACAUUUGAAAACUUAAAAAAAAGUUCUAAACAAAAUACCUUCUGCAGUCAGUCCUUCUCUAUUUUGCCCCCAAACAGUAGUGUGAAAGCAGUCAAAGAAUUAAAAUACCAAGGUUUUGCCCUUUUGAGAGAGACUCUUCUCAAGAUGCAGAACGAACAGAAAAAGACAUAGUAGACUCAUCUUGGUACUCCUCUUCACAUUUUCAGCAUGGUUCCUUUGUAUGAUCCUAUCAGCUUAAAUCUAAUGGCCAGCUUAACACAAGAUGAAACCUAGUGUCUCUUUCCUAUGCCAGUUGUCAGUCUGCUGUGUAAGGUCAUGCAGCAAGAGUAAAUGUUGCAGCAGCAGCAUUAGCAAGAAACCUGAAUCCUCUUUCCCUCUGGGCAUGCAGGUAUCCUCAUAAUAGGUUUAGAAACUGUGAUCUGACACCCACUUCUGAAUGUAUGUACUUCAGGUUUUAUCAACAAGUUGGAAGACUUUUAGAAAAUCUCUGUACUGAUUAUGAUGAACUUUUAAUUCAGUUGGACUUUCACAACCACCAUUUGUUCACAAGUGAAAUAAUAAAUUCUUGUGGGAAGUUUUUAUUUUU